GAAGGAGAAAGAAGAACAUGUGAGCAGAUGAUCGGCAGGAAGAGAAGCGUCUGGCGGAGGAGCUGAAGGACUAUUUUGUCUCAGCUCAGCCACUACAGAGACAAAAAUGGGUUCUCCAGAAAAGGAAAGUAACAGACAGAAUGGAUUGGGGCCUUGCUCCUCUCAGAAGGAUGAUAAAGCUGCCCCAACACCAGCAAACACAGCUGAAUCCCACAGCUGUCACCAGUGUGGAAAGACGUUUCCCACUGUGAAAAGGCUAAACCAGCACAAAGUUAUCCACGCUGCAAUAAAACCACACAAUUGUGAUGACUGUGAAAAGAGCUUUGUCACUGCAGCGCAACUAAGAAGCCACCAACGCAUCCACACCGGUGCUAAACCGUACAGCUGUGACCACUGUGGAAAGACCUUUCGCCACUUGUCUGGUCUUAAGAUACACAUACGCAUACAUACUGGAGAGAAACCAUUUGCCUGUGACAUAUGUGACAAAGCUUUCCCUACAAUACAUCGUUUGAAAGAGCACAGAAACACCCAUACCGGGCAGAAACCCUUCAUGUGUGUCCAUUGCGGAAAAUCCUUUGGCCAGGCCAUAUCCCUAACAAGACACCUACGCACCCACACUGGAGAAAAACCCUACAGCUGUGACCAGUGUGGGAAGACGUUUGCUGUAUUGAAUAACUUAUUAGUACAUAAACGAGUCCAUACUGGAGAAAAACUGUACCAUUGUGCCCAGUGUGGGAAAAGUUUCACAAGAGCAUCUACCCUCAAAGACCACCAACUCCUCCACAGUGGAGAGAAACUACACUGUGACGAGUGUGGAAAAGCUUACAGCUCGGCACAAACCCUGAAGGUUCAUAAACUCCUUCAUAAAAGAGAGAAAUGCUUCCGCUGUGUCAAAUGUGAGCAAGCUUUCAUUUUGUCAGCCGACCUCAAAACACACCUACGCACCCACUUUGGAGAAAAAGUGCAUCGCUGCGACAAGUGUGAUAAAGGUUUCAAGAUAUUACAUCAACUCAAAGUACAUCGACUCAUCCACACUGGAGAAAAACCCUUCUCCUGCGCUGUCUGUGGAAAAGCCUUUAACCAGAAAACAGCCCUGAUACAACAUCAACAUAUCCACUCGGGAGUAAAACCUUACAGCUGUGACCAGUGUGACAAAGUAUUUGCUAGACAAAAUUAUUUAAAGAAACACCAACUUUUACACACAGGAGAAAAACCGUACAAAUGUGACCAGUGUGGAAAGUCCUUCUCUCAGCCUGUUAGUUUAAAACGACAUCAGCGCAUCCAUACCGGAGAAAAACCGUACAGCUGUGACCAGUGUGGCAAGACGUUCGCUAUGCUCGGUAACCUACGAACUCAUCAAAGAAUCCACAAGGGAGAAAAAACAUAUCGUUGUGACAAGUGCGAGAAGGCUUUUACUCUUCGAGAUCAAUUAAAAAGACACCAACGCACCCACUCUGAAACUAAGCCAUAUGCCUGUGAGCAGUGUGGAAAAACCUUUAAACACCCAGUCACCCUAAACAGACACCAGCGUAUGCACACCGGAGAGGAUGUGUACUGCUGUGAACAGUGCGGGAAAUCUUUCCCAUUGUUAUCGAGCCUAAAAGACCAUGAAGUUGUUCACUCUAAGGAGAAAACACACCGCUGCGAGCAGUGUGGAAAAGCUUACAGGCAUUUAAGUAACCUAAUAAUGCACAGACGAAGCCACACUGGGGAGAGACCUUACAAAUGUGAUCAAUGUGGAAAGACGUACAAACUUAUACACAGCCUAAAAAACCACAAGCUGAUCCACACUGAGAAGACACCGUUCACAGGCAGUCAUGAUGAGAAUGGUACAAAUGGAUCCAGUUCUUCCUGUCAGCUGGAUGCCAAAGAUAAACCUUACAGCUGUGAUGAGUGUGGAAAAACCUACAGCCAGAAGGUAACCCUCGACAGACACCAGCGUGUGCACUCCAGACAGAAGCUGCACCACGGUGACCAGUGUGGUUCCUCAUUCACCAGUGCUCCUAGUCUCAGAAGACACCACCUAAUCCACAGUGGGGAGAAACCCUACCAGUGCAGUCACUGUGAGAAAACCUUCAGAACAACACCUGAGCGCACGAGUCAUGAACGCAUCCACACUAAAGACCAACAUACCCCCGCUGCUAAAAAACUGUUUCACUGUUACAAAUAUGCUAACACGUUCUCUACAUUAGCCACGCUCUCCAAACAUCAGCAUGAUUGCAUCAAGCAGGAAUCGUACCAGUGUGAGGAACGUCAGAAAAGCUUCCCGUCCUCAGACCAAAGGAAGCCACUCAAUGCAAGUUCAUCUUCUGGCUGCAAGAUCAAACAACUUGAGAUCAAGCUCCACAGAAUUCAGGUCUAA